CGAGCCACUAAGUGAAAAUAACACGUCCGUUAUUACGACGUCCGUGCAGUCCGUUUUCGAGCAUGUGCAUGUCUUUGGUGCAGUUUCUUGGUGGGGGCUGUGUUGCCUAGCGCUUCAACCGGCAUGUUUACUGCGUACUGUUAAAUUACUGCUUGGACCUAAAGUCGCCGUUUUAUGUUUUCUUUUCUUCUCGUCGCGAUGGCGUUCUUCAGACCGGCGUGGCGAUUCAUGCUCCAACGUCUCAGCGGCGGAGUCUCCAACCGAAGCGGGCGCGAACUGACGUCGGCGGUACAGGCCACGAUACUGGCGCGACCGCUUAGCAGCGAAUCCGACCGUCAAGCCGCCGCGUACAGCCGCAACCCGUUCUACAGCAAAUACGCCGACAAGAUUCGAGAGCUGGAGCGUCGAGAUCCCGAUGCUCUGAAACGUCGUCAGGAAGAGGUAUCUAGACGGAAGAACACGACGAACGCGUCUUCGAGCACGGAGGAAGCGGUACCCAGCAGGAACGGCUCCGACGACGUCGUCGCUCGCGAAGACAGCCGUGCCACAAACCGCAACGAAAAGGUGCUACAGCCGGAACCGAGCUACGUGCGACCCUCCAAAUUCGACGCGGAUACGAUACGAGAACUGCGUUCGCGCUGCGAGACGGUCUCCGACCUCACGGACGCCUGGAAACGCUUGCACGGCGACAGAGACGCCGUGUGCGCCGUGAUCCCUGCUUCGGUGUACGAAAUGAUCCGCGAGCGAGCCAAGGACUACCCGGUGUUCCUCUACCCGUUGCCGAGGAAAGCCGGCGGCUACGAGUUUGUGCUGUCGCAGUUCUUGGGCGACCGGUGUCACAUGACGCCGUUGGCCAGCUACCAGCGACACGGCAGCGAGGCACCGGCGUGCCUCGCGCUGAGCUACUGGACGCAGCUGGCUUCGAGGGAGGACGGGGCCGUGGUGCUGAUGAGCGGGGAGUACGACUCCAAGGUUAUCGGUCCGACGGAGGCGCAGUGCCUCGUCAAUCAGUUGCAGCUGUACUACGGCGGCAACGAACUGAAGAAGAAGCUGCUCCUGUGGAACUUCAACCGCGAAGCACGGUCGUUCAAUUACGAGGCGCUUAUCAGGGAGUUCGAGGCAUCGGCGACGCGGGAAGAUUCCUCAGUGAGACAGAGUUGAAAGCACUGUAAUAGAAUUCACAACUUGCGAAGAGACAGUGAACACGUAGAUCUUGAAUUGG